AUGGCCCCUCAAGUGACCAACGUCGGCUUCAUAGGCCUGUCCUCCCGACCUGAAUGGUCCUGGGCCGUCGCCGCCCACCUCCCCUACUUCGCCCACUCCAAACACUACAACCUCGCAGCCCUCCAAAACAGCUCCAAAGAAACAGCCCAGAAGGCAAUCCGUCUCCACAAUCUUCCGCAAGACACCAAAGCCUACGGCGACAUCAACGCCCUCGUCUCCGACCCCGACAUCGACCUCGUAGCCGUAACCAUAAAAGUCCACCUCCACGCCGCCGCCGUCGAAGCCGCCAUCCGCGCCGGGAAACGCGCCGUCUUCUGCGAGUGGCCCCUGGCGCGGAACAGCAUCGAGGCAGAGCGCCUGACGUCCCUGGCUAGAGAAAAGGGAGUCAGGACCUUGGUGGGAUUACAAGGGCGUCAGGAUCCCGCUACCCUCAAAGCCAAGGAGCUCGUGGAGCGCGGGGCGCUGGGGGAGAUCUUGCAGACGACGAUGCUGUUCACGAGCCCUUGGUUCGGGGCUGCCAUGCCCGAGGCGGCGGUGUACGGCGCCGACGUCGAGAAUGGCGCGAAUCUGGUGUCCAUCUCGGCGGGCCACGCGCUGGACGCGCUGUGUUUCGUGUUGGGGGAGUUGAGGGGGGUUCAGGCUACGUUGGCGAAUAAUCGGCCACGGGUGGCCGUUACUGACAACGAGGGGAAGCCCAAGGGCGAGGAGAUUGAGAAGACGGCGCAUGAUCACCUCUCUGUGAUUGGGAGGCUUCCCGGCGGAGGUGUGGCGACGGCGGUUUGCCAGGGCGGUAUGAGCCAGGUUGACAAGAAUUUCUUUUGGGAGGUUACGGGGACAAAGGGGACGCUUCUGAUUGAGGGCCCGAUGGGGAAUAUCCAGGGGUUCCCGCCGACGAUGAAGUUUGUCAAGGCUGAGCCGGGUGCCGUGCUGGAGGCUAUUGAGGUGGACGAGGUAAAGGGGUUCUCGGAUAACACGGGUAAGGCGUGGGAGGCGUUUGCGGGGGAAGCUGGGGAGGCGCCGGAUUUUGACGUUGCUUUGAUUAGGCAUCGUAUGUUGGAUGCUAUCUAUAAGAGCAGUGAGCUUGGUACGAGGGAGGAGUACUGGUGA